AUGUUCAGUGAAGAUGAUUUACACCUGGGAUUUAGCAUUCAGUACAAUUAUACGGAGAAACAAUGGGUCGCUGUCGAUUUAAUACUUAGAAAUAACGCUUCUUAUACAUCCUGUAUAAAUGGGACAUUAUGGUCAGAUGAUUGGGAACGUCCAAACCCUUACCCUACAUUAGAAGAUACAUGGACUGAUUUUGGACCUUGUUUUACUAAAAUCGAACUACUUAACGAUAAAUCCAAGUAUUUAUCCGAAGCAUCUAGAUUGUUCAACAAGUAUAACAUGAAUGAUAUUCUGAACCAAAGUAAUAUUACUCAUGGAAAUAAUUACACUUAUCAAGAAAUUUCGGACGCUGUUUCUAAGGCCACUCACGGAAUAAAACCUGCUGUAAAAUGUUUCCAUAAUCAUUUUUACAGAAGUGGAAACAAUUUGGUACUAGAUAAAAUAACACUAUUUUUCGACAAAUCUUUCAAUUUAAUCAAUCCAUUGAAACAUCAUUAUCGUGGAAUGUGCUCAACGUACUUGCCGAUUGUCUAUGAAUAUCCCAAAAAAAUAUCCCAGGAAUAUCUGAAAGAAACAUUAUGGAUAUCGAACAUCCCCUACCCUUGUUUAUGUAUCAUGAUGACCCUCUUGAUAAAUAUCCAACACUUCGGUUAUUUAUUUGAAGCGCAAGGAAUCUCACCGCUGCUUGAUCCGCAACCUCCUGGAGAACCGGCUCCGUAA